GCCGUCCCACCGGUGAACUAUCCAAUAAAUCACAGCCCCUUCCAAUUCCAAAUAUACCCCUCUCAUUGCCUUCUCUUGCUAAAAAGUACCAAUCAACAGACAAAUUACAAUCUUCUUCUCCUCUCUCUCUCUCUCUACAGCUUUUCUACGCAAACGGAGCUAAUCCAAAUGCUAAAUAAAUAGAUACAGGAAACAGAACAAACAACGCCCAAAAUAUCUAGGGUUUCAAAAUUUCUCCCUCCAUUUCACGGGCAUUGUAUUUUCCUCUCCGUGCUUUCACCUCAAUCUUUAUUUUUUCCAAGAAAUUUAUAAGAGAUUGGGAGCCGAAGACCGUCUCCAAGUUUUUCCUGAUCAAUUAUUCUCAUGGAAAACGUUUUCCUGGGAAAAUUUCAGCUCCGUUUCAUGGCUUCCCGUUCUUUUAUGGAGGUGCAAGGUAAUUUGCGGAGAUAAUAUUUGAUCCAUACCAUGAUAUUUUUUCGUUGAGAUUGGAGAAAAAGACUAAUGCAUGCAUAACCCCGAGGAAACUUUAUUGGAGUUUACAGAGGGAGGUCUUGGAGCUUUUUAUUUCUGUGAAUUUACAUGUAAAGAUUGAUUCUUAGCCUUGGAUUGUAAUCGGAGGGAGGCUUUAUCGGGCUCGUGUUUUGUCAAUGGAGUCCGAGAGUUCACCCCCAUCCGCCUGCCUGAUAAAUUGCUGCAAUUGCGAUUGCAAUUGCUGCUCUUCUUUGAUGAAGAGGUCUUUUUCAGGUACGAAUCUUAGGCCUGUGAAGCGUAAAUACGAAGAAUUUGAAGAUGAAAACCAGGUCACCAUCCCGGGGAUUGUUGCGCCACAAAAUGCCCGUGUUGAGAUAGGAAAUGAGUGUAUGGCACUCCGUGAAACAGUCAGCAGCCAGCAGCAGACCAUUCAAGACCUCAUUUCUGAGUUGGAGGAGGAGAGGAAUGCAUCCUCUUCAGCUGCCAACGAAGCGAUGUCUAUGAUUCUGAGGCUGCAGAGGGAUAAGGCAGAGAUUCAGAUGGAGGCAAGGCAGUUUAAGAGGUUCGCAGAGGAGAAAAUGGCACAUGAUCAGCAGGAGACCUCAGCAUUGGAGGAUUUGUUGUAUAAGAGGGACCAGGUCAUACAGUCGCUUACAUGUGAGGUGCAGGCCUAUAAACACAGGAUGAUGAGCUAUGGGAUCACAGAGGCUGAAGCCAGUGUAGACCGGAUUAUGAGCAGGAACACUAGCCUGACUGAGAACUUGGAAGGGAUUGACCUUCCUCUUUAUGAGAUUUACCCUCCUCUUAAGUGCAACCCAAAUGAAUCUCAGGCUUAUCCAGAUGGUGAUUAUGAAACUCCUGAUAUUGAGAAAUAUGCAUUUGGGGAAACUCCACGUUCUCCAAGGGCCAUUCAGCCUGAUGGUGAAUUUAUUGGCACAAAAAAUGUGCUUGAAAAGGUAAUAGUAGGUCAUUCUCCAAGAUCCCGGAGGCAUCUUAGGAAGUUUUCUACUGACAGCAGAAAUUCAUUUUUCGCAAUGAGUAGAGAAAUCGGCCCUGAUUUUGCCAGAGAAUCUCCAAAAUUUGAUGCCAGAUUCAAGAAGACGGAAUUUUCCUAUAUUGAGGAGAAUUCUAAUUUGAGGAAGUUGGAAAAUGGGUCAGAAAUAGAAGAUGACUUGUGUGACAGGGUUUACACAAUUGAUUCUGUUUAUCAGGGAGCUUCAGUCAAUGGUUUCAUGGAUCGGAAGGCUUCUGUUGGCAUUGUUGGUGAUGAAUAUAUGGCAACCCCUAGGGAGUCUAUGAAUCAUUCUGAUGUUUCAGACAUAGAGAUACAGAAGCUGUAUGCAAGGCUCCACGCUCUUGAGGCUGAUCGAGAGUCAAUGAGGCAAGCAAUUAUUUCAAUUGGAACUGAUAAAGCACAAAUGGUGUUGUUGAAGGAGAUAGCUCAGAACUUGUGUCAUGAAAUGUCUCCAGCAAGGAGAAUGCCUGAGAGGAAGCAGUCCGUGGUUGGGAAAUUUUCCAUCAUGUCAAUAUUCAAGUGGAUUACUGCUAUUAUUUUCUGGAGAAGAGAAGCGCGUAGAUGCAGGUACAUGUUCGGUUUAUCAGCCAACAAUGCAGGGUUACUAAUGCUCUUAGACCGAGGUCCUCAUGUGGGAGAGUGGAGACGUAUAUUCAAUACAAAUACAAACAAGUAAACCAGCUGUGAUUGCUCUGUAUCCAUCUGCGAAAUCUAUGUUCACCAAUUUGGACAUCUUGUGUCUUUAACCAUACACCUUUCUUUGGAUAAUUGUUGACAUUAUAUUUUUCUUCUUGAACUCAUUAUUGCGAUAGGAUGGGUGUUUUGGUUAUCUUGCGCAAUCAUCAGUGUUAUUUUACUUUCAUUUGUUGGUACAGGAUAUAUAAUUUGGUUGAUUCACAAAAAUAUGUAUACUAUGUAUCCUUGAGGUGAUACUACCUCGUCCGUGUUCAUUGACAUUGUGUGUUGUUACUUUGCCUUGUGUACAGUGCGCACCGUUUAUGGAUAAUUCUUAAUUUUUCC